AUGUCAGAUCGUGCAAAACGUAAUCAGAAAAAUCGCCCUCGGCCAGGUCCCAACAAGAAGAAGAGAGUCCAAAUUGAUGACUCCAAUAUCACAACGUCCCAGUUUAUAGUCGACAACAAUGUGGUGGAAUUUGUUAUAAUUCCACCGGAUGGAGGAUGGGGCUGGUUUGUCGUAUUCGCAUCGUUCAUAUCGAAUUUCGUCACCGAUGGAAUAAUAUUCACGUUCGGUAUAUUCCUGAAGGAAAUUGCUGAAGAUAUGCAUACCAGUCAAUCAACCAUCGCCGUUGCCAGCUCCAUCUUGACGGCCGUUUACUUUUUACUUGGGCCCAUCGAUUGCGCGAUCGCAAACAGAAUGGGUUUUCGCGUAAUCGGAGUAGCUGGUGGCAUUUUGGGCGCUUGCAGCCUUGUGGGCAGUUCGUACGUCGAAAGACCUACCGUUUUCAUGCUAACUUACGGAGUGUUGGCGGGGAUGGCCUUCUCCAUGUCUUAUAUUGCUAAUAUCCUGGCAGUCGGCUUUUACUUCGACCAUUGGAGAUCACUUGCAACUUCAAUUGCAGUCACCGGAAGUGCCAUAGGCACACUCACGAUACCGCCGGUCUUCAACAUUCUCUUAGCGGAUUACAAUUGGAGAUUCAAGUUCAGAAUAUUCGCGGGCCUGUGCGUUAUCCAGGCGUUCCUGGGUUUCGUCUACAAACCCAUAAAACCGGUCGAGAUUUAUUCGGAUAAGAAACGCUACGACGAUGACAAGAUGUCUAUGGCUUCCGUUUCCGUUAACGAGGAGAAUCCGAAGAGCAUUUUCUACAAGAAUCACAACAAAGGGUACAUGACGAACGCUGAUCUGGUUUCGAACGCCUCGUACUCUAUUUCAAAUCCUGGAACACUGAAGAAAUUGGGAAGCGAGACUGCAAGUUUCAAGAGCAUUAAGAAUAUAAAGCAUUCCGCAACAUCAUUCACUUCGGAUCGUUUAUUGGCUGAAUUCUCAGAUUCUGAUCGUAGACCUCGCUGCUCAAAAUGCUGCAGGUGCUGCAAAUGUCGGAUCGUGUUUUGCUGCUUGUGCGAAUUCUGCAAUAGGGUGCACAUCAAUCGGCCAAUGUAUCGCGAUGACAUUAUGUACACAGCUUCUGUAACCAAUCUUCCGCAAUACAUAAGGAUGAGAGAAGGUGGAAGCAAUCUCAGUUAUCACAUGUCAGUGACGAGAGUCAUAAGCUUACGCGAUUUGCAAGAGAGCACCAAAUGCUGCGUUUGUUAUCCGGAGAGUGUAAAGCGGACUCUUGCGACGAUGAUGGACUUUUCACUUUUAAAGGGAUGUCCUUUCGUAUUGCUAGCUCUCAGCGGAGCCUUCACCUAUUUAGGAUUAUAUACACCUUACACCUACAUAUUGGAGUUUGCUAUAAGUAGGGGAUUCCCUGAUGAAAUGUCCACGUUAAUGCUGACAGGUUUAGGGAUAUCGAAUGCGUUCGGUCGCUUCCUCACCGGCAUCAUGACCUUCAUACCUAACGUGAACGCUCUCAUGAUUACGGAAAUAUUUCUAUUCAUAGCUGGAGCAGCGACCAUAGCAGUUGUCUUCUUCCAUGAAGUCUAUAUGAUGUUCGUUUACACAGGAAUAUUCGGCUUCUUCAUCUCCAGCAUCGCCUCUUUGCGGCCGAUUAUUGCCGUCGAGAUGCUCGGUUUAGAGAAGCUCACCAAUAGCAUAGGAAUCAUAAUUCUCUUUGAAGGUAUAGCCUGUUUAAUUGGCGUGCCUGUUGCUGGACAGCUGAAGGAAUUGACGCACGAUUACAUGGCAUCGUUUAUCUUUGCCGGUUCGAUGAUUGUGUUUAGCGUGAUUCUUCUGUUGCCGAUAAAACCGAUGGAGCAUAGAGAGAAGAAGCGCAGAGAACGCAGGGAACAGGAGGAGAGGGACAGGAAGCUUUUGGAUACCAGGGAGCGGUUGGCGGAUAUUAAUAAAAUGAAGAAUUUGAACAAAUAG